UGAAAACGCAACGCUGUCUACAUUGGUUACAACCAUGCCGUCCUCUGCUCCUGGCCCUACCUCAUCCAUCCUCAUUGUCGGGGGAGGCACCUGGGGAUGCUCGACUGCCUUGCAUCUCGCCCGUCGGGGCUAUAAGAAUGCCACCGUUCUAGAUCCAUACCCGAUUCCCUCGCCCAUUGCAGCAGGAAACGACAUCAAUAAAAUCAUGGAGCACCAUGAGCUCAAGAACGGAGAAGCAGAUGCGCGAAGCAUCAUGUUCGCCACUUGCUCUCGCGCAGCCCUGAAAGGCUGGCGAACGGACCCGGUGUUCCAGCCCUACUUCCAUGAAACAGGAUCGAUUGUAUCGGGUCAUACACCGGCGCUCAUCGAGCACAUCAAAGAGAACGAAAUCGACCCCACAGAAGGCACCUUCGUCGAGCUGAACUCCGCCGAGGACUUCCGCAACACCAUGCCUGCUGGGGUCCUCACGGGCGACUUCCCCGGCUGGAAAGGCUGGCUGAGCAAGUCCGGCGCCGGGUGGAUUCACGCCCAAAAGGCCAUGCACUCAGCCUACACGGAAGCCAAACGACUAGGGGUGACCUUCAUCACCGGCACCCCAGCAGGCGCCACGCAGUCCCUAGAGUACGAAAACGGGGACGUCAUCGGCGCCAAAACAGCAGACGGGGUCCUGCACCGAGCAGAGCACACCAUUCUCGCCGCAGGAGCCGGCAGCGACCGACUCCUCGACUUCGAGAAACAGCUGCGCCCCACGGCCUGGACGCUCUGCCAUAUCCGAAUGACACCCGACGAGGCAAAGCUCUACCGCAACCUGCCUGUCCUGUUCAACAUCGCCAAGGGCUUCUUCAUGGAACCCGACGAGGACCGCCACGAGCUGAAGAUCUGCGAUGAGCACCCGGGUUACUGCAACUUUGUGCGCGACCCCCAGCACGACGGCGAGAUCCGCAGUGUCCCGUUCGCGAAGCACCAGAUCCCGCUGGAGGCGGAGGCGCGGGCGCGCGACUUCCUGCGCGACACGAUGCCGCACCUGGCGGAGCGGCCAUUGGCGUUUGCACGUAUCUGCUGGGACGCGGAUACGCCUGACCGGUCAUUCCUGAUCGAUCGGCACCCGCGGCAUCCGUCGUUGUUGGUCGCUGUGGGAGGGUCGGGGAAUGGGGCGAUGCAGAUGCCCACGAUUGGGGGGUUUAUUGCUGAUGCGCUGGAAGGGAGGUUGCAGAAGGAGCUGAAGGAUGUGGUGCGCUGGAGGCCUGAGACGGCGGUAGAUCGGGAUUGGAAGUCGACCCAGAACCGGUUUGGAGGGCCGAAUAAGGUGAUGGAUUUUCAGGAGGUUGGGGAUGAUGAAUGGACUGACGUGGGUGAUAAGAGUCGACUGUGAGCAGAAGUAAUCUAAAAGUAAAUUGUAUCCAUGAACACCUGUGAACUGGCUCCUAUC